UUGCUAUCAAACACGAAAUUCCUAUAUAUACAUACGGAGCAAUACAGGCAUUACAUGUCAUUACAAUUCAAGCAAUAUUUAACAAAUAUUUUACACUAACAUGUGGGCAGAUACCAUUUUAAUCGUGUUUAUUAGUAUUUGUACUGCUUUAUUAGGAGAAGGUUUAACAUGGCUGAUGGUUUAUCGAACAGAAAAAUAUCAAAAAUUAAAGGCUGAAGUUGAGAAACAAAGUAAAAAGUUGGAAAAGAGAAAAGAGGCUCAUGGUGAUUCAUUGGAUAAACAGCAAAAAAAGAAAAUUGAACGAGAAGAGGAAAGAUUGAAAAAUAACAACAGAGAUCUGUCUCUUGUAAAAAUGAAAUCUAUGUUUGCAAUUGGGUUUGCAUUCACAGCUCUUUUGAGUAUGUUUAACAGCAUCUUUGAUGGCAGAGUUGUGGCAAGGUUGCCAUUUGUUCCAAUUAGUUGGAUACAAGGUUUAUCACAUAGAAACCUUCCAGGUGAUGACUACACAGAAUGUUCAUUCAUCUUUCUUUAUAUACUGUGCACAAUGAGCAUAAGACAGAAUAUUCAAAAAAUGCUCGGAUUUGCUCCAUCCAGAACUGCAAGUAAACAGAGUGGAAGCAUAUUUGGUCCUCCACCUCAACAGUUUAAAUAA